AGAAAGAAAAAAAAAUAAAUGUUCUAAGAUUUCAAUUAUUUCAUUUUGACAUUUAUCACUUAUCGUUUCUAAUCGCAAAGACUCUUCUGAAUAUUUACAUUAUAUUCAUGAAUUUAUAUACAUAUAUACAAUAUGCCCCUGUAUAUAGGCAACGCUAAAUAGGUUAGUCCAUCGAAUCUUUUUCAUAGUUACACUCCUGAAAACGUUUCCAUAGCGACCACGAAAAUAUUGGCGCCAAAGACAAUUUAAUUACGGAACAAUAAUGGAUGCCAAUGAAUUUUUGUUGUACAUACGUUAUUAUAUUAAUAUAACAUUCAUUUUGUUUAAAUGUUAAUAAUUAAUUGUUAAAAUACGAGUGUAAAGAAAACAGUUUCGAAGUGACGCGUAAUAUCGAUUAGAAAUCGUAAACUUUGCGUGAAGAAAUGUAAACAACAAUGAAAGCGCUCGGAGCUUUGACCUACCUCAAUAACGUUCAGUCUAUUUCGACACUUCGACGAGUGAGUAUCGUUUGAUCUUCUUCAUAAUUAUUAAUACAUUUAAAUAUAUAAAUAGUUCUUUCUAAUAUUAUAAAAUUUAUUUAAAUUAUUAUAUGUGUGAUACGUAAUGUAGUAGUAGCACAUACAAUGAUGCGAAUUAAUAGCGUUUAUAAUUUUUGAGAAUUAUUCUUUUCAACGUUAAUCGACUAUUUAUAUAUUUAUGUUAUUAUAUAACGUAAGAUUUUUAAUCGUUAUUUUAAUAACAUUAAUUAAAAGAUUGUUACCAACAUACUUCGAUUGCAGCGACUCGUUGCGGUUAUGUUUGUGAUCGAAUCAGAAAAAUGGAAAGUUAGGUUAGUUUGUAUUUCUGAAAUCGUUGAUAUUUCCUUGUGAUUAUUAUAUUGUAUGAAAAAGUGUUAUAAAUUCGUUUUCGUACAGUUUAGUAUAGGUUAAUUAUAUUGAAUUGAUCGUUCUUCGAUUAUAUAAUUAUGGCUUCUUCAUGUUUGAUUUUACAACGAGGUAUCUCAACUUCGUGUGUUAAUUAUGGAAAGCGUAAUUUUCGUAAAUUUUUACUUCUUAAUAAACGAGGUAGUCGAGAUUUCAAAAAAAAGCAAGCUACAGAUCCUUAUCCGGAAUAUCCAAUAGACAAAAGGGGAGUGAGGGAUACAGGUAUCAUGAUAGAAAAUAGAUGGAUUCAUAUACCAGAAAUGACACCUGAACUUAUUGUCCCAUCUUUAGAAGGUUUUACUUUGAAACCGUACGUAUCAUAUAAGGCAGAGGGUAUUAGUCAAGGAGAAUAUACCGCUAGAGAUCUUUUUAAUGAGGUAUAUGCUAAAAAGAUUCAAGAGGAUUUUAAUAAACAAGAAUUGUAUCCCAACGGAGAUUCUAUGAAUCCUAACGAAUAUGAAAAACUUACUCCGCAAGAAGCAGCAGACCGUGCUAAAAGAACUGGUACUGAUAUCUUUUGUGAAGAUGGAUAUAAAGACAGUACUGUUUCCUAAGAGGUAUUUUCGUAUCAUUUGGUAGCAAUGAGAUGCAUCAAAAUAUGAUAAAAGUUUGAAAUUAAGUGCGAUGUAAUAUUUGAUGUUACAAUAAAUUAUAAAUAAGUAUUUCUAUAUA